GGGCUGAGUGAAUAUAAGAGAAACUUCAGAUGGAAAACCCCAGAGUUUUGUAGCCCGUCCGAGCAGCAGAAAUCCUUGUGGGCAGGACUUCGGUCAGAUCAGUUCGGAAUCACAAGAGAACCAAACUUCAUUUCCAAGAGGAGGGUGCCUUACCAUAAUCCACAGAUUUCAAAGUACUUUGAAUGGACAGCAGAUUGUGAUUUGAAUGACCCACUUGAAACUGAAGCUCUUAGGACUGCAGAGUUGCAUGCAAACCACAGCAACAAUGAUGUGAAUGGAGAAAAUACUGAAAUGCCAGAAGGACCCAGACUCCCCCCAGAAGUUCAGUCACAUUCAGUAGAUUCUGGAGGUGAAACAGCUCUUGCCCUUGCAGAAAACAACAUGAAGAAAUUGCCCUCUGCAGCUCCACCAAAUCAAAAUGAAGCAUUUUCAUCUGCAAAAAAGGAAUUAGAAAAAAUGGGUAAUGGGCUUCACAGAGUCCUUCAGAGGAAAGCAGGCAUGAAUAUUCCACGUUUAUAUACUUUCCCCAGAAAUUCUGAAUAUCAAAGCCAAUUUGUUUGGAAGAGUCCUCAUGAAAAGUCACCGAUACUUGCAGCUGAAGAGGUUAUUGCCAACACAGGUAAAACUCCUGCAAUUACUUCUGAAACUGCAUGUGAGAGAAACCUCAAAGGGUCUCCUCCUGUUAAGGGUCCACAAGAGAGAGGUGGUUCAGAAGAGAAAGAAUUUCCGGUUUGUGAACAAAGUAAGAGGGAAGAACCGUUUCAAAAGCCAGCAGAAGAUGCAGCAAAACAAGGGAAAUCAGAACAGAAACAUCCUAAACAAAAAAAUAAGCAACAUAUCAAUGCAAAGCCCCUCUCUUUACAUACAAGUCGUGGGAAGAUGAGCACUGAAUAUAGGUCAAAAUUUCUGUCUCCAGCUCAGUAUUUCUACAAAGAUGGAGCUUGGUCUCGUAUUAGGAGUAAAGUUCCCAACCAGGCUUCUCAAAACACACUAAAUUCCAUGUGGUAUAUGGAGGUGAAAGAACUUCGAGAAAGAGCAAAGGCUUACAGGCAACGAGUAGAGGGAACUCACUUCUCCCGAGACCAUCUCAAUCAGAUCCUGUCUGAUAAUAACAGUCUUUGGGAUGUGUCCUCAAAUUCCAGUUCAGAAGAAGGCAUCAGCAACAACAUCAGAGCACUAGAUCUUGCCGGAGUUUCUGAAAAAGAGACUGCUCCAAGCCCACAAAUGCUGCAGCACCCUGACUCCAGGGAACAGCCAUACCAGGACAGCACAGAGAAGAAAGAUCUGUCAGAUGCUUUAACUGUUCCAGUCAAAAGGCGUUUAGUUUGGGGUGAGGAAGAAGGUACUGAAGAAAGGGAGAAUCAGCAAUCAACAGAAGAGGGAGAAAAACAAGAUGAACAAGCAGCAGUUGUGGCUCAGCAGUUAGAAGAAAACAAUAAGGAUGCCAAUGAAGACAAGAAAAUUGAAGGUGAGAAUGCCUUAGUAUUGAAUUCUUCUGCAGCUGUGUCAGAUUCAUCUUCUGUAUCCUCAAGGACAGGAGGCAGGCUUCCAACCCCGAAGCUGAGAGCACUUGGUGGAGCUCAGAGGACUCAUCAUGAUCUCACUACCCCAGCUGUUGGAGGUGCGGUUCUAGUGUCUCCUCCUAAAUUCAAGUCUUCAUCUUCACAGCAGAGAACACGAGGUUUAGGAACAGACCCUUCUUCAGCUAAGCAAGGUGCAAGAGAAGCUUCAAAAAUAAGGUCCUUCCGGCCUGAUGUGGAAGUGGAAGCUGUGCCAUUCCUUACCUCUCCACCUGCUGGGCUGGGAACUUUGGAUCCUCUGCCACUUAGACAGGAUCAGUGGCCUCCUAACAGGGUUUCUGACCAGCAAGCUCCUUUUGCUUCAGCCCAUCAAGAGUGUUCCUCUACACCUCGUGUGCAGAAGUCAGCCAAAAGCUGCUCUAUGCCUUGCUGGAGUCCCUCUCGUCGUAUUCGAGGGACUCUCAAGGAUCCAGAAUUCCAGCAUAAUGGGAAUGUUGGCAAUCCAAAAAUGAGAUCAUUCCAGUUACCCCUUCAGGAAAGAAACUAUAAUGAUGAAGAUGACAGGUUGUCUCAGAUCUCUGCUCGCUCGGCAGCAUCUAGCUCGCUUGCAUCUCAGAUACUGGAACGAGCCCAGAAGAGAAAAGAUUUCUGGGGCAAGACAUAA